CUGAACCAUGGACCGAAGUAACUAUUGCUAUACGGACUAUACUCCACCCCGGAGGGACCGUCGCAGCUGAUCUCGGCUUCGUACAGUUAAGGUACCUUGACAAGUCGCAGCAGAUAACACUCUUCCACUCGUCCUCCUCUUCCGCCGUCCCUUCUGCCACUGCCAUUCUCUUGCGGCCACUCUACAUCUGCUGUGUCUGUCUUCCUGAUAAGAUAGCCCACAGCCAGUCAACGCCUCGUCCCCUUAUCUCUCUUCUGCAACCUCGAUCCUGCACGAGUGGACACAGUGUUUUGGUGGUCAACUAGAGAUCCCAGGCGGAUAAAACCAUGAGAUAAGGCCAUCAAUACUUCCAACGUCCAUGUCCAACGGCAACACCGUGAUUCUUGCACAAAGCUAAGACCGCCAUGUCGACUCCUCAGGAUGGCGCAUCCUCUUCUCGACCUCUGCCAGUACCGAUGGCUUCCUCCCCAGGUUCCAAUAGAGGCCGAAGCUCACCAGGUAGUGGCUCACGCGCUGCUUCGACAGCUCGAUUAGCAGCUUCUCCGGCCCCUUCGCAUUUUGGCACUUCUCCAUCCCGCCAACCGCCCACCCCAGGUCAAGCAUCCGCGACUGGAUCGGAUUCCAACCCUCUGCCUCCCCUUGCCGGCCCUGCCAACUCAUCGCAACCUGGGCCGGGUAUCUCUGCACUUGCCGCGGCUUUAUCAGCAUCUAUCGGCCAGUCGCCGCCUAAGUUCGGCACGCCUCCUCUCAGGUCUCAGUCACCAAGCACAACUGCUCUUCAAACGCAGCCUUCUGGCCCGCAGAGCAACUAUGGAUCUUUUGAUACGAAAGGGCGCUACAUACAGGGCACCCCGGGAUGGACCGGUCCGAAUACCUUCGAGGACCCAGAGAUUGUGAAGAGACAUCUUGUGCAACCUUCAGAGAUAUCAUUGCCAAUGGGGAAUGACGCAACGCAAGAUGGGGUACUUGGAAAUAACCUGUCAAUUCGCGGUGGUUCCCCUGCCGGUAGAGGCAAACAGGUCCUCGAUAAUUUCGCUCCUGGUCUGGACGACGACGAGUUUUCAAGUCUGCGACUGCAAGGCGGAGAUGUUACACGACCAAUAUAUAAGUGGACGGAAGAUGCACAGGGUAGAGGGCGGACUCGAAGAAGCAAGAGUUUCCACCUGUCCAGGCCAGAGCCAGAGGACGAGGUCUUAGAUAUUGGGUCGAUAAAGGUGCCUGGUGGAUUUCGCCGCAAUUACCUUCGACGAGCCGUCGGAAGCCCAUCUCCUGCUGAUGGAGAUCUUGAGGAGGGGGCUGGGAACCGAGGACCCGCAAAACCGAAGAUGCUCACAAACAACUUCAUCGAAUUCCUGACUUUAUAUGGCCAUUUUGCUGGCGAAGAGCUUGAGGAAGAUGACGAAGUCCUUGAACCAGACGAAUACUUCUCAUCUGGUGUAUAUCCUAGUGAGGAAGUAAGUGAAGAGGAGCGAGAGCCUAUGGAGGAUAGUGCACUACUCGCUCCUACUUUAAAGAAAAGGAAGCGUAAGGAACGCCAUCCUACUGGUACCAAUAGCCCUACAGGAGCUGCCUUGUUGUUACUCAAAUCCUUCGUUGGUACAGGAGUUCUCUUCCUACCAAAAGCAUAUCUCAACGGUGGCAUGCUUUUUAGCAAUGUCGUGCUGUUGUUUGUCGCGGUUCUCAGUUACUACUGUUUUGUUCUGCUGGUCAAUACCCGUUUAAGAGUUGAAGGCUCAUUCGGUGACAUUGGGGGCGUUCUUUAUGGGAAAUGGAUGCGAGGGAUAAUACUGUCAUCAAUAGUGGUCAGUCAAAUUGGCUUCGUGGCCGCCUACAUUGUCUUCACAUCCGAGAACCUGCAAGCAUUCAUUCUCGCAGUCUCUGAUUGCAAGACGCGCAUCCCGAUCCCAUAUCUGAUCUUGAUGCAAAUGGCAGUCUUCCUACCAUUUUCGCUAUUAAGAGAUAUCACUAAACUCGGCUUUACGGCUCUGAUUGCGGAUGCUUUCAUCCUCAUUGGAUUGGCCUAUCUUUAUUACUACGAUAUCCUCACGAUCGUGAGACAGCAUGGCGUUGCUGAUAUUGUCAACUUCAAUCCCAAGGAUUGGACUUUGUUUAUCGGAACUGCUAUAUUCACCUUUGAAGGAAUCGGUUUGAUCAUUCCCAUCCAGGAGUCGAUGAAGAAUCCGAAGAAAUUUCCUCCGGUCCUUGGUAUAGUGAUGGUUAUUAUCACUGUGGUCUUCAUCUCUAUGGGGGCUCUGUCCUACGCUGCCUACGGUUCUGCUACCGAAACUGUUGUCAUCCUCAACAUGCCUCAAGACGAUAAGCUCGUCAAUGGCGUACAGUUCCUUUACUCUGUGGCGAUCCUCCUCUCAACACCUCUGCAGAUCUUUCCGGCAAUCAGGAUUACAGAGAAUGAGCUGUUCACCAAAAGUGGGAAAUACAACCCGUAUAUCAAAUGGCAAAAGAAUGUUUUUCGAUUCUUUGUCGUCAUGCUCUGUGCUGGAAUUGCGUGGUUUGGCGCAAACGAUCUGGAUAAAUUUGUCUCGCUAGUAGGCAGCUUUGCCUGCGUGCCCCUCGUAUACAUCUAUCCGCCGAUGCUGCAUUACAGAGGAGUUGCGAAGAAUGUAGCAUGGAAGGCAGCAGACGUGCUCCUAUGCAUUUUUGGUUUUAUCGUAAUGGCAUACACAACGUCACUUACGAUAAUUAGCUGGGCUAGUGGAAACGAAGAGCCCAGCCUACCAAGCUAUUGUGAUAAGAAGAAGGCGCACCUGGUCUUCUAGCUUACUCCUUUGUUCUAAAGCGAGGUAGUAAUCAAAAUCAGGCCAAAGGAGGAUUUCCUUCAACCGACUGUCCGAGCCAGGAUGAGGAACGGGUUUUCAUUUGUUUGUAGAUUUGUUUUCUGCAUAGCGUGUGUUCAUAAUUCCCUUUUUCCUUGGCCAAGAUAGAGGCCAGUUAUGAGAUGAUAACGUUGUUUGGGCAUUAGAGUAGAGGUUGAUUCUGUUUUGGAUAUAUGUU